UUUUCGCGCCACAAUCACAUGCUGGCGUCUUGAAUUUAAUUUUUCAUUUAAAGUAUUGUUUUCAGCAAAAUAGUUGUGUUGCACGUAUAAAUAUUCCAAAUAGCUUUAUUAAGCUUAUAAUUAUUAAUUUUAAAUUAGUUUAUAAAAUGUCUCAUACCUCAGUUAAAAAAGUUUUCAUUCAAAUAGAGUCCGCUUCAGAACAGCAGGUAAGGACAGAAUUUGCGUCGCUCGAUUUAUGUUUUGAUCAAAAGGAAAAUCUUAAGAACACAAGAAAAACGUUGAAAGUCUUGCAAAACGUCGCUACUGAUAAAGAAAACUUGGCCGGAAGGCCGAUAUUGGACAAAAUAAGUCGAUUAAAAGGGGCAUCUGAAUUAUUAAACAAUACGGCAGAAACAGCUAAAAGAAAGAAAAUUGAUACUCGAUCAACACAAACAUCUCCAGGAAAAAAAUCGGUUACCGCUGAAGACUUGACUGAAACUGAUACACCUGGAAGCACAUACUGGGAGUUACUAGCUGAAAAACGACGAGAGGCACUCGAAGCGACUUUGGUUGAAAACCAGCAUUUACAUGAGCGCAUCGAAGGACUGGAAAGCGAAUUGAAUACAUCUCGCAAAAUGCUUGAAGAAACAAAAAAUCUCGUCGAAGUUCUAACUGAAAUGUUGAACGAAAACGAAGCAGAAAAAGAAAUCGAGCAAGAUUUGGACCAUUUAGGCAGUGAAUCGGAAUCGGAGGAACCAUCGACAUCCAAAAAGACAUCAGAUAAAAGCACGAAUAUGUGAAAUUACUCUCCUAUAACUUGUUACAGAUAAAUAUUGUGUUUUCUUUUUAAUUUCCUUAAUAAUUCAACUAUGAAAAGAAGACUUGCUUUUUUUUAAUUUAAUUUAAUAUGUUUUAAUAAUAGUAUUUUUUUUUAAAUAAACGAUCGACAUAAUGUUAAAUGUUCGAAAAUAA